UUGUCUAUAAAAUCAACAGCCUGCAGCCAUGGGUUCAGAAGACAGAUCAUUUCUAGUUCUGAGGUGAUCAGUGAAGACUUGAAGGAGGAGUUGAUUUGGGCCUUGUAGGUUGUGGAUGAUUCUGAGUAUAGCCAAGUGUAACAGGCAGGAGAAUCUGAACAAAUGCAGCAGAGUGGAAAUGAGCUUAUGAAACAGGUUUGAAGGAACUACAAGAUGGGCUAUGGGAAGUAAGUUUGGGUGGAGAAGGCAUAGACAGCCAAGAUGGAAGACCUUGAAAGCCAAAAUGAGGAGUUUGAACUUGAUUCUCUGGGUAAUGGGAAACCAUUAAAAGGGCCAAGAGGAGUGACAUAGUGAAGAAAGAUGGUGCUUCAGCAAGGUGAAUCUGGUAGUACUAGAAGGUAAAUUGCAGGUGAGAAGACUAGUUAGGAGGCAGUUGAGGUUUCUAAUGUGACAGUAUUUGUAUUUUAUUUCUAGCGGAAUAUAAUUUGAUCUUUCAUCAAAAGCCCUAUAGACUUGUGGCAGUAGUGGAUGGAAAGUAAGUGAUGUUGUGGUCUGUGACAUGGUAAAGUAAGCCAAGCACUGAAAAUAUGAGAGCAGUGGGUCUCCAGUGCUGUGCAUGGCUUAGCCUCACAGAAUUCAGGGACAAAGACCCUGGGCCCAGAGCUUUUACAGUAAGAAGCUAGAACUCUAAGCACUCGGUCAUGGAGAUUAUUCUGCCCUAACCUACAGCUGUUUACCCAACCCCCUAUGAGGUCUGUGUCAGCUAGGGGAGAGGGAAGUACGGUGAGACCGUUUCUGCUCCUCUCAACUUCCCUGGAAGGGUCCCUAAUGGUUGGUUUUAUGAACAGCAGUCUCCUUCUCACCUUCCCUUCCUCAUUGUUUUCUGCUUUGUAGGACAGGGGCCAUGGCCCCUCAAACGAGUCAGGCUAGAGAUAGGUUUUUGGGUCUUUAGCCACUUCUCUUCUUCUCUCUACAAUUCAGCUCAUCCUAACAUAUGGUCAAUGGGCACAUGCGUCUCAUAGGGAAUAGAAGAAGCAAUAGGGGAAAGAAAUGACAUCUUUUCUGGAUCCUGAGUGGUGGCUGCUGUGAUCCUGGCCAGUGGACCCAAGGCUUCUUUCUAAGGACCUGAAAUUCAAGGACUUGCCUGUGGAGUCCAGAUAGUCAUCAACUCUGGGAGGAGCCCUAGGCAAAGCUAGCGCUUGGGGGCCAAGCGUAGCUUGAGACAGUCUCUGUGUUCAACGGUGGCAGCAGGCAGCAGUGGCAUGAAGUAGACAGAGACAGUGCUGCUGCUUACUGUACUGUUGGCUCUGGCUGUGGCUUCUCCACUAUUUACUGAUUCCCACAGAACUGGCCCAGAACCUGAGCAGGGUGGAGCAGGGAAGGGGUGGAGGGCUCUGUAGGUCUAUAGACAGAACUGAGAUUUUUCUUUGGCCUGGGGGAGACCACACCCUUUCCUUAGCCUUCCUUUCCCUAGAAAAAUAGGCUUCCUGGCCUCUCGGCCUAGCCAAAUGGAUUCUGCCUCCCCACAGGCCCAGCCGGACCCCACUCGGCACUGACCAUAAACUGAUGUGAGAGGGAAGGUUCUGCUCCAGCCACACCAGCAGACCCUCUGAAGAUCCAGGGAACUGAAGUGGACUCUGUUGUUAGGAAGGGGGCCUGCAGCCACCUUGGUCCUAAGGCUCACUACCACCCUAUGUAUAGAAGCCUGCCAUUGGCCGAUUCUCUCUCUUUUCUGAGACAGUCCCCAUUUCUCUGAAGAGGCACACCCUAGAGAGCCUAGUGCUGCAUCCAGCUGGGCAUCCACAAGGACUGAACUUGGUGUUACUACUGGUGGCGUGAUGACCGGUCUCUGCAGCCUGCCUUCAAGGCAUCAGGAACCCCCUCCCUGGCUGGCUGCUCUACCCCAAGGCUAAUCUGGAAUCCCAGUGAAAGGAAAAAGCUGGAAAACAAAGAGUCAUUCAGAGUGGGUGAAAAGAGGAGGGAGAGAUUUCUGGCUAAGCUCUAGAAGGAGGGGCCUAAGGAAGGAAGGAAGCUCUAAGCGUCUGCCCAGACUUUUUCCCUGAGACUCCUAAGGACAAGAGAGGAGCUGGGCCCAGCUCUCCCUCCUUUUCUUUGCUGACUAGAGAGUUCUCGUCUUCCAGCACUGACUGCCGCUGUGGCUGGCUCCUUUCCCCUCCCCCUUCCCUAGGCUAAAGGCCCACAGGGACUGACAGGGAGGGAGGCUGAGUGGCUGUACUGUGGGCACGCCCGCUCCUUUCCCUGCCCCCUUCCUUUAGCAGCAACGUCACCGCAGCACCAGCAGCAGUGGCAGCAGCAAGGAUACUGGGGCUGGGAUUGCGCAGCCUCCCUGCAUUAGCAAUGAUGCCAUUGUAUUAGCAGAAAUCAGAUCUUAAGAAAUCGGCCCAGUUCCUCCUGUGUGGACCCGUGGAACAGUGCCUCAGCUGGAACUGUCAAGGUAGAGCUUGGUCGCAGUACAAAAGGAACACAAGCCUCCGUCCGGGAGGGCUCAAGGCUCCUUGCAGAGGUGCCAAGCUUUCCUGAUGAAAUGUGUUCUGCCCCACUGGGCUCCGGGGGCAGUGUCUGGUGCUGUUAAUGCCCUUGUUCGAACUUUCCAGAAUGGAUAGUCCCCCAAAGCUGACUGGAGAGACCCUCAUCGUCCACCACAUCCCCCUGGUGCACUGUCAAGUCCCAGACAGGCAGUGCUGUGGAGGGGCAAGUGGAGGUAGUGGGAGCACAAGACCCAAUCCAUUCUGCCCAUCGGAGCUGGGCAUCACCAAGCCUGAUCAAGACCUAGGACAAGCUGACUCCCUGCUCUACAAUAGUCGGCACUCUUCUACAGGGGGAUCUGCACGGUCUGCAGACAGCACCAAGAGUAGGGGUCGGGAUGGAAGAGGCCCUGGGGCCCCUAAACGACACAAUCCCUUCUUGCAGCAGGAGGGUGUGGCUGAGCCAGGAUUUGGUGACCUAUAUGAGGACAGCAUUGGUGAUAGUGCCACCCAGCAGCAGUCAUUCCACCUGCAUGGGGCUGGCCAGCCCACCUUCCAGCUAUCCUCUUUCCAGCUGCCACCAACUGGCCCCAGAGUGGGCAGGCCAUGGGGCACAAGACGUAGUCGGGCUGGAGUGGUGGAGGGGCAAGAACAGCAGCCAGUAACCACCUUGGAUACCCAGGAGUGCAGCACUAGCUACUGCUGCCGGCCAGAGCUGGAAGCAGAGACCAUGGAGCUGGAUGAGUGUGGGGGACCUGGUGGGAGUGGCAGUGGGGGUGGAGCCAGUGAUACCUCUGGCUUUUCCUUUGACCAGGAAUGGAAGCUGAGUUCAGAUGAAUCCCCAAGGAACCCCGGAUGCACAGGCUCAGGACCCCAGCACUGCCGCUGCAGUAGCACAUCCAGUCAGUCCGAGACGGCUGACCAGUCCAUGGGCUAUGUGAGUGACUCGUCCUGCAACAGCUCAGAUGGCGUGCUUGUCACUUUCAGCACCCUCUACAACAAGAUGCAUGGCAACUCCCAUGCCAAUCUCAACUCAGCCCCGCAAUCUUGCAGCGACUCUUCCUUCUGCAGCCAUUCAGACCCUGGCGCCUUCUACCUGGACCUGCAAACCUUCCCUGCUGAGGAGUCCCACCACCCUAACAAUGGAGGAAGGGAAGGAGGCUAUGGUUGUCCUCAUGCCUCAUCUCCUGAGCUUGAUGCCAACUGCAACUCCUACCACCCACAUUGUGAGCCCUGCCCAGCUGUGGCUGACCUCACAGCCUGCUUCCAGAGCCAGGCCCGUCUUGUUGUGGCCACACAGAAUUACUAUAAACUUGUCACCUGUGACCUGUCCUCCCAAUCAUCCCCAAGCCCAGCUGGCUCUUCCAUUACUAGCUGCUCUGAGGAACACACCAAGAUAAGUCCUGCACCAGGCCCUGGCCCACACCCUGGCCCUAGCCAGCCCUCUGAGUAUUACCUAUUCCAGAAGCCAGAAGUGCAGCCAGAGGAACAAGAAGCAGGGGGUUCCUCAGAGGAAGCAGCAGCUCCCGUGGGCCCUGCUAUGAUCGAGGGCCAAGUGUACACCAAUACUUCACCCCCCAACCUUAGCACUGGACGUCAGCGCUCUCGAAGCUAUGAUCGCAGCCUCGAACGAAGCCCUCCUGUUCGCCUGGGCUCACUGGAACGCAUGUUGAGUUGCCCAGUGCGCCUGAGUGAGGGCCCUGCAGCCCUGGCUGGGCCUAGCUCCCCACCUAGGCGGGUCACCUCCUUUGCUGAGCUUGCCAAGGGCCGGAAGAAAGCUGCAGGCUCUGGCUCCCCACCACUUCGAGUGAGCAUUGGAGACUCCUCCCAGGAUUUCUCUCCUAUCCAAGAAACCCAACAAGAUAGGGUGGGCCCCCUGGAUAAGGGCACUCGCUGUAGCCAUAGCCUACCACCAAUGCCAUUGGGGCCAGGCAUGGACCUACUUGACCCAGAGCCCUGGUCCACCCAGGUCUGUCAGGGCCCCCAGUCAAGUGAGAUGCCAUCUGCUGGCCUCAGAGCUGCUGAGCAAGGCCCCCUGGCCCAGCUGAUGGAUCCAGGGCCUGCUCUCCCAGGGAGCCCAGCCAACAGCCAUCCUCAGAGGGAUGCAAGAGCCAGAGCGGAUGGGGGUGGUGCUGAGAGCCGACCAGUCCUUCGCUACAGCAAGGAGCAGAGGCCAACAACGCUGCCCAUCCAGCCUUUCGUGUUCCAGCACCACUUCCCCAAGCAGUUGGCCAAGGCCCGGGCCCUCCACAGCCUUUCCCAACUCUACAGCCUCUCGGGCUGCAGCCGUGCACAGCAGCCUGCCCCACUGGCUGCCCCCACUGCUCAAGUCCCAGCCCCAGCUCCUUCAGGGGAGUCACAAGCAUCCGCCAACAAAGGGGCCGGGAAAGCUGGGCCUGAGCCAGAAACCUCACGGCCAUCACCCCUGGGCAGCUACUCCCCCAUUCGGAGUGCUGGCCCCUUUGGGCCCAGCACCGACUCUUCUCCUUCCACUUCGUGCUCCCCUCCCCUAGAGCAGGCCACAGCCACAGAAAGCCCACCCCCAUGGAGCCACUCCUGUCCUCCUGCUGUCCGGCCUGCCACCUCCCAGCAGCCACCAAAGGAGGAUCAGAAGAUACUGACCUUGGCUGAGUACCGACUCCAUGGAACAGGAAGCCUGCCUCCUCUGGGCUCCUGGAGAUCUGGCUUCAGCCGAGCAGAGAGCCUGGCCCGGGGAGGUGGUGAGGGCAGCAUGGCCUCCAGGCCCAGUAACGCCAACCACCUAUCCCCUCAAGCACUCAAGUGGCGGGAGUACAGGAGGAAGAACCCACUAGGGCCGCCUGGCUUGUCAGGGAGCCUAGACCGAAGGCCACAGGAAGCUCGGCUGGCCCGAAGGAACCCCAUCUUUGAGUUUCCUGGCUCCCUCAGUGCUGCUGGCCAUCUGAACUGCCGGCUGAAUGGUCAAGUAGUGAAGCCAUUACCACUGACCUGCCCUGACUUCCAAGACCCCUUUUCCUUGACCGAGAAGCCUCCAGCUGAGUUUUGUCUAUCCCCAGAUGGCAACUCAGAGGCCAUUUCCAUUGACCUGCUUCAGAAAAAAGGGCUCGUGAAAGCUGUUAACACUGCUGUGGACCUCAUUGUGGCCCAUUUUGGCACAAGCCGGGAUCCUGGGGUGAAGGCAAAGCUUGGGAAUAGUUCUGUGAGCCCCAAUGUAGGCCACCUGGUUCUGAAGUACUUGUGCCCUGCCGUCCGGGCUGUGCUGGAGGAUGGGCUCAAGGCCUUUGUGCUAGAUGUCAUCAUUGGGCAACGGAAGAACAUGCCGUGGAGUGUGGUUGAGGCUUCCACACAGCUAGGCCCAUCCACCAAGGUCCUGCAUGGCCUCUACAACAAAGUCAGCCAAUUCCCAGAGCUCACCAGUCAUACCAUGCGCUUCAACGCCUUCAUCCUCGGCCUGCUCAACAUCCGGUCCCUGGAGUUCUGGUUUAAUCACCUCUAUAACCACGAAGAUAUCAUCCAGACCCACUACCAGCCAUGGGGCUUCCUGAGCGCAGCACAUACCGUGUGCCCCGGCCUCUUUGAGGAGCUGCUGCUGCUGCUACAGCCCCUGGCCCUGCUGCCCUUCAGCCUCGACUUGCUCUUCCAGCACCGGCUGCUGCAAAGUGGGCAGCAGCAGCGGCAGCACAAGGAGCUGCUGCGGGUGUCCCAGGACCUGCUGCUAUCCGCCCACUCAACGCUGCAGUUGGCCCAGGCCCGGGGCCAGGAGGGCCCUGGAGACAUGGACAGGGCAGCCCAUGGGGAGCGGGUGAAGGGUGUGGGUGCCCCAGAAGGUGGAGAAGAUGAAGAGGAAGAAGAAGAGACAGAAGAGAUGGCAGAGGCAGCUGGGGGCUCAGGGCGUGGCAGGUGGGCCCAAGGUGGGCAGGCUGGCUGGUGGUACCAGCUCAUGCAGAGCUCCCAGGUCUACAUCGAUGGCUCCACUGAGGGUUCUAGGUUUCCCCGAGGUGGCAGCAAUAGCAGCAGUGGCAGCAGCAGUGAGAAAAAGAAAGGAGCCGGAGGCAGGGGGCCACCCCCCCGGGAGGGAGUCGUGGAGGGAGCUGAGGCCUGCCCUGCCCCUGAGGAGACUCUGGGCAGGGCCUGGCCCUUCUGGAUGGGAAGCCCCCCUGAUUCUGUGCUGGCCGAGCUGAGACGCAGUCGGGAGAGGGAGGGGUCGACUGCUCCCCCAGCAGAAAAUGAGGAAGGAACCUCUGAGCCUUCACCUGGGGGCAUCAAGUGGGGACACCUUUUUGGGUCCCGAAAGGUUCAGCGGGAAGCCCGACCCACAAACAGGCUACCCUCAGACUGGCUGAGCCUGGACAAGUCCAUGUUCCAACUAGUGGUGCAGACAGUGGGUGCCCGCCGGGAGCCAGAGCCCAGGGAGAGCCUGCAGGAGCCACACCCUCCAGCCCUGCCCUCCAAGCCUCCAUGCAAGGUGAAGGCACUGUGCCACCAUCUGGCCACAGGCCCUGGACAGCUGAGCUUCCACAAGGGAGACAUCCUACGGGUGCUGGGGCCAGCCAAAGGAGACUGGCUGCAUUGCAGCCGUGGCACUGACAUGGGCCUGGUGCCUCUGGCCUACGUGACGUUGACCCCAACUCCAAGUCCAACGCCCGGAAGCAGCCAAAACUGAGGCCCUGUGCAUGCUGGUGGCCUCGGGGACCCUCAUAACCCCCAGACUCAGAGCCUGAGAGCCCUUCCCUCUGGCUUGGCUACUGAGAGUAGACUGAGAGCUGGGGGCCACAUAUGCCUGUGCUCAGUAUUAAUUACUCCCCCUUAAUUGUCCCAGUGACCUCGUCCAGAUCUCCACCCAGGAAAGGAGGGAAGGGACACAGCACUGGGCUGCCAGGAUUUCCCCAGCCCAUCUGGGCCAGCCCUUCCAUGGGUACAGACAAGUACAUCUGUAUGGAGGGAGGUGACCAGAAGCCCAUUUGCAGGGUUCCCUAGGCCAGGUGGUGAGGAGGAGGGGUAACAGUAUUGGGGCCAGAUCCCUAAGCCCCCAGCUGUAAAUAGGCUGUGGCCAGUACCUGGUGAUCAGAAGAGGGAGGAGGAGCCCAGGCUUCUGUUUAUGUAUUUUAUUUAUUUAUUUAUUACACCUAUUAAUAAAAAAGGUGCUCAGCCUCCAAA